CUGCGGCGCUGCUGCUGCAGCAUCAUCAGGAUUCAAGUGUCGGCUGUCGGUGAUGUGAACAGUCAAAUCGUAAUGGCGACUGCUGGAAUAGCAGAGUCGGGAUCGACAGCCCUGACAGGGACCAGCAGCAUUCGGAAAAUGGCCCCAGCAGAGAUGCCCGGCUCUUCAGGCACGACUCAGAGCAUGAAGAAGACCAUCGGACACCGGGGCGUCGAGACCACCACAGGAGAGACCACCUACAAAAAGACGACGUCAUCUGCCCUCAAAGGGGCAAUCCAAUUGGGCAUCACCCACACAGUUGGCAGCUUAAGCCAGAAGGCUGAGAGGGACGUUCUCAUGCAGGACUUUGUGGUGGUCGAAAGCAUCUUUUUCCCCAGUGAAGGCAGUAAUCUGACUCCUGCUCAUCACUACAGCGACUUCCGCUUUAAGACCUACGCUCCUAUCGCCUUCCGUUACUUCAGAGAGCUGUUUGGCAUCCGUCCAGAUGACUACCUGUAUUCUCUGUGUAACGAGCCGCUGAUCGAGCUGUCCAACCCCGGAGCCAGCGGGUCGCUCUUCUACGUCUCCAGCGACGACGAGUUCAUCAUCAAGACCGUUCAGCACAAAGAGGCAGAGUUCCUCCAAAAACUGCUGCCCGGAUACUUCAUGAACAUAAACCAAAACAAGCGCACCCUGCUGCCCAAGUUCUACGGACUGUACUGUGUUCAGGCGGGAGGCAAGAACAUCCGCAUCGUCGUGAUGAACAAUCUGCUUCCGCGGAUCAUCCCCAUGCACCUCAAAUACGACCUGAAGGGCUCCACCUAUAAGAGACGAGCCUCCCCGAAGGAGAGAGAAAAGGCUGUUCCCAUUUACAAAGACCUGGACUUCAUCCAAGACCUGCCUGACGGCCUGCUGCUGGAAGCCGACAACUUCAAUGCCCUGUGCAAGACCAUACAGAGGGACUGCUUGCUCCUGCAGAGUUUCAAGAUCAUGGAUUACAGCCUGUUGAUGGGCAUCCACAACAUGGACCAGGCCAGUCGGGAGCGUGAACGAGGGGUGAGCAACUCUGGGGACAGCGCCGGGUCGGAGGGAGCGGUAACCCCCGACCAGCGGCGGCCACAAGCCCAGAAGAGCCUCUACUGCACGGCCAUGGAGUCCAUCCAGGGCGAGGCUCGAGGGAAAGGAGCUCUGGAUUCAGAAGACCACAUGGGGGGUAUUCCAGCUCGCAAUAAUAAAGGAGAGAGGCUGCUCAUCUACAUCGGCAUCAUCGACAUUCUCCAGUCCUACAGGUUUAUUAAGAAGUUGGAGCACUCCUGGAAGGCCUUGGUCCAUGAUGGGGACACAGUUUCGGUUCACAGACCCGGCUUCUAUGCAGAACGUUUCCAGCAAUUCAUGUGCAACACGGUGUUCAAGAAAAUUCCACUGAAGCCGUCGCCCUCUAAGAAGAGUCGUGGUGGAGGUCAGGGAGGCCUCCGCAGGGCUCCGACCCUGGGAGCUCCCACCCCGCUCUCUCACGCCGGAGACUCCAGAUUCGUCUACCACAGCCAUUUCAGGAGCACGGAGUCGGAGGCCGACAGCGGCGUGCAGUCGGACAGACCGGAUCUGGUUCCUCGGACGCCUCCGCUGGUGGACAACGCCGGUGACUGCGAGGCCAAUCUGUCCACCUCAUCGCUCGGCAGCACAGGGAUCGCCUCCACCUCUCCCCCGCUGAGGUCUGUUGGAGUUGAAGUGCACAAGUCUGCAAACACAGACUACGACCAGGGUGCUUCCCCCAGUCUGGGGGCAGAAGGUGCUGGAGAUAAUUCAGGCAACAUGUCUGGAAACGAAGAUGUAGUUUCUCUGUCGGACAUCGUCCCUGAGACCAACAUCUGUUUUGUAAGUUUUCUUAGGCUGGUUCUGUAUCUUUUACACUUCAAUUAGUCUUGGUAGUGACAUUUUUUUGUCUGUUUUAUAGUAAAAAAAAAACAUAAAGAAAGAAAAGAAAACGGAGCCAGUGCCAUGUGAGGACGGCACAUCUGGACACGGUGAGGAUGAAGAGUCGCCCAUCCACUGCAGACCCUCCUGCUGCACCUCUGCUCACCUCUGCAGUAAAAACGGGAUGAAGCAGAGGAAAGCAACGGCGGGAGGAUGAAGACGCUGGCGUGGUAGGCUUUAGGCUUUCUUCAGCCAUCAACAUGUGCGUUCGUCCAAACGAGUCCCGAAGUCUAAUUGAUUCACACCCAGAAAAAAAAGAAUGUCUCCCAGUCCCGACUUGGCAGCUUUUUAGUAGCUGCUGCAGCGUUCGUAUCCUGCUGCAAACAAAUAAUGUAUAUUGUAAAAAGAGAAAGCCCCAGUGGAUGGUGAAGGCAGUCAGAUUAUCCCACCGUUCACAGCAUGAAGAGACGAGAGUGGACAGAGACGCUUCACACACACUUAAGAGCACAUGAGGGGCAUCGCCUGCAGAGGAGGAGGGUUCACAUGUCAGUGACUCACGCUCCAGUGUUCCUGUUAGUGCACCCCCCCCCCCCCCCCCCCCCCCCCUCCACACGCCGCUCCAUCCACAGAAACCAUUCAAGUCGACACUUUGCUGCUGUCAUCUCUGCAAUCAUGUAUGCAUUCCCCCCUCUGGAAUGCAAAACGUUUGUUUUGCAGAAAGGCGAGCUGAAGAUAACGCCGUUUUGUUCUAAGUUAUUCUCCUGGAAGCCACAGGAAGCCACCGCUGAAUGUACAUUACAGUGUUAUGUUUUUUUUUUUUACUUCAAAUGUGUCUUAUCAACAUGGCAGACAACAUUUAUAAAACCCUGAGGGGAAAAAAGAAGAAGAAAUGUCCCCCUCUGAUGUGGCCAUAUGCGCAAAUGAAUGCGGAGCGAAGAGUAGACGCUGAUGAUGUGUUCAAGCCGCUGUCUGUUCUCCGUCAUGUCUGUGCCUUUCCGUGUUCGUCCCUCCACUUCACAUGUAACUGACGUGUAUUUUCUACAGGUUCUGGUCAGAAACCUGCCUUAUCACUACAGCUGAAAGUCAUCAAACUGCCAUUUUUGUAUGUCCGGACCGAGCAAUCAUUUGACCGCAAACACUACCUUGUUCUCCGUGAAUCAUUGUGACUCUCCUGACUGCAGACAGCGAGGAUGUCUGUCUCCUGUUAUUCAUUUCUGCUGGUUACAGAAAUGACACCCGCCCACAUCCACUCUCGGACCAAUAUUACUAACAACGUGUGUUUGAUUUUUCUAUUUUCUUUCUGUGUCGUCUUACUCAGCUUUUUACGUGGCUGUUCGUGAAAAAAAAGCUUCACAGGAAAGGUUUUGUGUGUAUUUAAUCGUUUAGGGCACUAAAGAAGCCGCCUAGGUGGCUGGCAGAAGGCUUUUUUUUUUUUUUUUUUUAACCCUGUGAGAUAUUUCUGACAGAAAUUUGAAUCACUACCGAGUGACUGUAGCAAAAGACAUCAUCUCAUUUAAGAAGCACAUGUGGUCUAUGCAGCAGAGACGGGAGGGGGGGGAGGCAUGUGCAGCUGUGAAUAUACAUGAAGCGGAGGAUUUAGAACUGAGUGUUUUCGUGUUUUAAAACCAGUCGUGGCACCAAAGAGAAGAGCAGAGCAGACGAGUGAAGAGUUCCCAGUACAGUCGACGGUGACAGACACUCCUGAACUUUAAUCUGACGUGCACUAUGUGGUAAUAACCAGGGUUCUCGCCAGCGCAUUUCAGCUUAACGGGCCGUUAUGCUGUCAGUUUAAAAGAUUACGCUGUGAUUAGGGCCGCUACGCUGCCUUUCAAGUUGCGGUUUUGUGUUUUGAGCACAUUUGCUUGCGUAAUAUUUCCAUAUUUAUGUGAGAAAACUUCUUUAUUGGGGCAGUUGGCGCUGUGAAAGAGUUAUUUUGACAGAUAACGCCAUGUGCGUUUGUUUUUAUCGACUGAGUCUCCCCACCUCAGCCGUACUUUCCUGUCGAUUGACCCGUUCCCGUCUAAAAUUAAGAGUCGCUUCCAAUCUCGGGGUUACAAUUAGCAUGUCUCGGUUGUUUCCGUGAUGCCGUGUAUGGUGAAUAGUGACCUUAAAAUCACAGCAUUUGGAGCAUCUGCGUGACGCUCAUUGGCUGACAUCUGGGCCGGCCGCUCGCGAGAUUUAAUGAAAGCUAUUGAGCGUGCGCAUAGUGACCUGCCGUUACACUGUAAAAAAAAAUCCUGGUGAGAACCCUGCUUACACUGGGUCGACCUGUGUUUUUAAAGAUGUUAUCGAUUAAACUGGAUGUUUUUUUUUUUGCUAAAUAAUUCACCUCUGAUGAUCUGACGUUGUUUAUCGAGCCAUUGGUUUACUCUGUAGCCUGAAACAUUUCAAAAUUCAACUCCACAUUCCUGCAUAUUUCAAGUUCAAUCUACUACAGAAGUGGUAGGACCUGACAUUUACCGCCUCUGUGUGGGUGUUUUACUUAAAUGUGAAAUAAUGAGCAUUUGUAAUUGUUAAAAAUGUACUUAGCUGAGAGUCAAAACAAGCAAAGAAAGGAAGCAAAAGCACUCCAAGAAUGCGUUUUCAUGUUCUCCAAAUGGGUCGGUACUGGCUAAUUGCUGGACGCAGACCAGUUGUGUCGUACGUAGAUACGCCUUGGCACAAGAAGAACAUCCUCCUUUGGUGCUUGAAGGGUUGAGCACUCCGUAGUAGACACUACAGUAAAUUUGAAGUACUGCAAUAUGAACCACAGUCUGCCAGAAGUCUAUUUAUUACUGCGAUUGAUUGCUGUAGGCUGAGAUGAUUACAGUUGUAUUAUUAGAUGAUUGUAAGUGAACUGUAUACUGACAGAAGGAUGUCUGAGACUUUAUAGCGUGCAUUUGCCGAUAAAGGUGGGACUAUUUGACAAUUUGACUUUUUUAUAUUUCAUGUUUAGAUUGUGAUAUGAUAGCUCUAUUCUCUCCAUGAUGAUUCUGGGUUGUUAAUCUCCCAUGGCUUUUUCUACAUGAAUGUUUCACACGUUGCUGGUUGUCCUAUACGCUUCGAUGACUAUAUUUUUACUGUGUAUAAAAUGUGUAUAUGUACAUACGAGUCACGGAAAUGCCUUCUCAUGCAAUAUGUGCUGCCUGUCCCUCCUGCCAUGUUUCAGUUAUGUGGUGGUGAUGUUUUCAUGUCUGAUUUUAAAGGAUUAAACAUAUUUUCUAAAUCUUG